CCCCUCCAAAAGUGAAAAAAAAUAAACAAAUUUAAUAAGAAAAGAAUGAUUUUUCCUCGGUCAGGUUCUCUAUUUUGCCCUCACAAUGGAGUAGUACUGUAGUAGGCUUGGGUUGAAGAUGAUACCGUAUUAUGGAUAGAGCUUUCACUCACCAAAAAGAGAGAGAGAAAACAGAGCAUCCACAACAAUACCACCACCCUUCUUCCCACCACCUCAAUAACCUUUGUGCUCCCACCUGCCUGCUACUUGGGAAGCUCAGGGAUAGCUGCAGAGCUUCUACGACCUUCAGCGGCCGCUAUCUUUCUUUAUUUGGUUUCUGGGUCUCAAAGUACGUGCUACAUUGGUGCUCCUCCUCGGACAAAGCUAGCUCCUCGAGUGGCGCUACUGUUGUUGGUGGUAGUGGUGGUGGGUUCGGCCUCGGGAAGUUCAAGUUCAGUGGCAUGGUCGUAAACAAUUCUGCUUUCUGCGACUCCCCUGGGUUUCUCAAAGACGAAGAAGCAAAAAUGGCCAACGGAAGGAAGCUUGGCGGGGGGAACAAUGGAGAGGUUGUUCGGACUUUUGGCGAAUUUAUGGAAGACAAAUGCAGAGAGAGCAGUUCUAGCUCCGACUUCUUGACCUCGGAGACGACAGCCCACGAGGAGGAAGAACAGAGUCGUUGUAGCUCCGAUGGAGAAGAGGAGGAGUCUAUCUCGCCCCCGCCGCCGUCCAUGCGUUGGAGCGUGAGAAAAGAUGAAGUCCCUGAUUGUACCAGCACCAAUAUCUCCGCCGAUGAGGAAGAGAAAGCGGGUGGGAGGAAGCCGAACGAACGCGGGUCUUCAAUUUCUGAGAUAGAGAUGAUGAAGGAAAGAUUCUCGAAGCUGUUGCUUGGUGAAGAUAUGUCAGGCUGUGGGAAUGGGGUUUGCACGGCGUUGGCUAUUUCAAACGCCAUUACUAAUCUCUGCGCGACUCUGUUUGGGCAACUAUGGCGAUUGGAGCCUUUACCGCCAGAGAAAAAAGCAAUGUGGCGUAGAGAAAUGGAAUGGCUUCUCUGUGUGAGUGACCACAUCGUCGAGUUGAUUCCUUCAUGGCAGACUUUUCCAGAUGGAAGCAAGCUUGAAGUCAUGACUUGUAGGCCAAGAUCUGAUCUUUACAUAAAUCUACCUGCUCUCCGCAAAUUGGACAACAUGCUUCUCGAAAUAUUGGACAGCUUUGAGAACACAGAGUUCUGGUACGUUGAUCAAGGUAUCGUAGCAACUGAGACAGACGGGUCAUCGUCCUUUCGACGAAACCUUCCCCGCCAAGAGGAAAAAUGGUGGCUGCCGGUGCCACGUGUUCCUACCGGUGGUCUCCAGGAAGAUUCAAGGAAGCAAUUGCAGCACAAAAGGGAUUGCACAAACCAGAUACUGAAAGCCGCAAUGGCAAUCAACAGUAUUACUUUAUCUGAUAUGGAAGUUCCUGACUCCUACUUGGAUGCUCUCCCAAAGAAUGGGAAGGCGAGCUUAGGGGAUCUAAUUUAUCGAUACAUUUCGUCGGACCAAUUUUCCCCGGAAUGCCUCCUGGAUUGCCUUGAACUCUCCACCGAACACCAAGCUAUAGAACUUGCGAAUCGAGUCGAGUCGUGCAUCUACGUGUGGCGAAAGAGGUCCAACUCCAAAUCGACAGGCAACAGCAACACGUCUCGGUCAAGCUCCAAGUCUUCGUGGGAAUUGAUGAAAGAGCUGAUGGUAGAUGGAGACAAGAGAGAAUUGCUUGUUGAUCGAGCGGAAAGCUUGCUUCUCUGUUUGAAACAGAGGUUCCCUGGUCUACCCCAGACAGCUCUAGACAUGAGCAAAAUCCAAUACAACAAGGACGUUGGGAAGUCAAUUCUGGAGAGCUACUCGAGGGUUUUGGAGAGCUUGGCAUUCAACAUCGUGGCAAGGAUUGAUGACCUGCUCUACGUGGACGAUCUAACCAAACAUUCGGACCAGUUCCCUUCCAUCUCUAAAGUGAGUGUGAUUGCUCACCGGAGCGUCAAUAUUCCAUAUUCUGUUCCGGUGUCGAACAGUCCAUUCAAAGCAGGAUUCACGGGACCAAGUUUUUCCCCGGCGGCAGUGAAAGGGGAGAAUGCCACGAAAUCGCCCUUCAGGACUAGUGGGAAGAUACCACAGCGAGGGUUUGGUGUGAAGAAGGUGUUGACGGACUAUCUUAGCGUGGAAGGGAAGCCGAACAAGGAUUGUGGUGGUAUGAGUGAGAAUGAAGGAACAUUGGAGAAGAGGAUUGAGAAGAAAGCUGCAACCACUUCUCAACGUGGGUUUGAAUCUUGUGACCGGUUAAGAGAAGGCGUGGGGUCGUGCAGUGGCUCACCAGCUGAGGAUCUGUAGGUUUUGGGGACUACUGAGAACAUGUAAUACUCUUCUUUCUUCAUUUUGGGGACAAUGGAGAUAUGUAAGGUUUAGGGAUGGCUGCUGGUUAUAUAGUAUGUGAAUUCCUUCUUUACUUUUGCAGAUGACAUAUAUAUGAAGAUGCCUUCAACUUCUUCCGAUAAUGAGAUAAAAUAAAGGGUUAAUAGCGCU